ACCUAUAUUCUACGCUAGUUUGGUGUUUCGACUUCAUUCUUGAGUACCGAAUCUUAAUGGAUUCUUGUUGUACCUGAAACACUUAAACAAACGUCAAGCUCUUAUAUUGUUUGUUAACAUCAAAACAUGAGGCUUAGCAAACCAAGGCUAACACCUUAGACAUGAAAUGGCAUCGAAUAACACGUACAGUCAUUCCAUCAACCUGCGCUAUAUCCUCGAGAGCCAAAAACUCUCUAGGAAAAACUUUCUUGACUGGGAGAAGAACCUCCGAAUAGUUCUUGACUGUGAGAGGAAACUCUACAUCCUCGACAUAGAUCCUCCCAAGUCCCCUGCGGCAAAUGCUUGUGCGUCCGAACUCACUUCCUUCAAGAAGUAUGAGGACGACGCGCGAGAUGUUAAGUGUAUCAUUAUGGCAAGUAUGACCGUGGAGCUCCAAAGGCUCCACGCGGACAUGGAAGCGCGUUCUAUGAUACAACGCUUGAGAGACCUAUUCCAGGGUCACCCCAAAAACUCGGGUAUUUACGUUAUUGAAGUCAACAUGUCUGGUUUCACCUCUUGGGUGAUGGAUACCGGAUGUGGUUCUCACAUCUGUACUUCUAUGCAGAAUUUGCAUGAAGUUAGACAUUUGGCUGAGGGAGAAGUCCAGCUUAAGGCUCCAUUCACCGGUCACGGUGAAAGGGUGAGUGAUGUAUUAGGCCUCAUACACUCUGAUGUAUGUGGCCCAAUCAACACUGAAGCUAGAGGUGGUUUCUCAUACUUCGUAACAUUUACUGACGACCUCAGUCGGUAUGGAUAUGUGUAUCACAUGAAACACAAAUCGGAAUGCUUUGACAAGUUCAAAGAAUUUAGAAACGAAGUAGAGAAACAAUUAGGCAAAAGUAUCAAGACCCUCCGCUCAGAUCGAGGAGGUGAGUACUUAAGCCUAGAGUUCAACGACUAUCUAAAAGAGCACGGGAUCCUAUCCCAGCUGACUCCUCCCGGUACACCCCAAUUAAAUGGAGUGUCUGAAAGGAGAAACCGAACGCUGCUCGAUAUGGUUCGGAGUAUGAUGAGUCUGACAACAUUACCAGAGUCUUUUUGGGGCAAAGCACUAUUAACAGCAGCACACACACUCAAUCGCGUACCAUCUAAAGUUGUUGAGAGCACACCAUACGAACUAUGGCGUGGGACGAAACCAAAUUUGUCGUACUUGAGGAUUUGGGGUUGUGAUGUUUACGUUAGACGCCUCAUGAUGUUUGGUAAGCUUGAUUCCAAAUCUGACAGGUGUAAAUUUGUGGGAUACCCCAAGGAAACGAAAGCGUAUGAGUUCUAUCAUCCGGCCGAUAACAAAAUAUUUGUUGCUCGGAAUGGAACCUUCCUUGAGAAGUAGUUUCUCUCUACUAUUUCUAGUGGGAGAAAGGUAGACCUCGAAGAAAUUCGAGAACCACAAGAAGAGAUCUCAAUAGCAGUAGAACCCGAGCGUCAAGAUUUAGUAUCUCGACCGGCUCAGGUUUUACCACGU